AUGUCCGGGACCCAACUGGGUGAUGAUUCCCCUUCUUGUAGGAACUGGUCAUCUAUUCCAGAGCUGAAUGAAACUCAGGAGGCUUUUUUAACUCCCUCUACUGACUACGAUGAUGAGGAAUUUCUGCGAUACCUUUGGAAGGAAUAUUUGCACCCCAGAGAAUAUGAAUGGGUCCUGAUCGCUGGGUAUAUAAUUGUAUUCAUUGUGGCUCUCAUCGGGAACGUCCUGGUUUGUGUUGCAGUGUGGAAGAACCAUCACAUGCGGACAGUUACCAACUAUUUCAUAGUCAACCUCUCACUGGCUGAUGUUCUUGUCACAAUCACUUGUCUUCCAGCCACUUUAGUGGUGGACAUUACAGAAACGUGGUUCUUUGGGCAGACUCUCUGCAAGGUGAUCCCUUAUUUACAGACUGUUUCAGUAUCUGUGUCUGUACUCACUCUAAGCUGCAUUGCUUUGGAUCGAUGGUAUGCGAUUUGUCAUCCUUUGAUGUUUAAAAGUACAGCCAAACGGGCAAGGAACAGCAUUAUAAUUAUCUGGAUUGUGUCCUGCAUUAUAAUGAUUCCUCAGGCUAUUGUUAUGGAGUGCAGCAGUGUUUUCCCAGGACUUGCCAACAAAACCACCUUAUUCACAGUUUGUGAUGAGCACUGGGGAGCUGAGGUCUACCCAAAAAUGUACCACACAUGUUUCUUUCUGGUGACAUACAUGGCACCACUCUGUCUUAUGGUGUUGGCCUAUUUGCAAAUAUUUCGAAAACUAUGGUGCCGCCAAAUCCCAGGAACUUCUUCAAUAGUUCAGAGAAAAUGGAAGCCACUACAGUUUUCAGCACAGCCCCGGGGGCUGGGACAAUCAACAAAGUCAAGGAUUAGUGCUGUGACAGCUGAAAUAAAACAGAUACGAGCAAGGAGAAAAACAGCACGUAUGCUGAUGGUUGUUCUCUUUGUUUUUGCACUUUGCUAUCUACCAAUUAGUAUCCUCAAUGUCUUAAAAAGGGUUUUUGGCAUGUUUAACCAUGCUGAUGACAGAGAGACGGUGUAUGCCUGGUUUACAUUCUCACACUGGCUCGUUUAUGCAAACAGUGCAGCAAACCCUAUUAUUUAUAAUUUUCUCAGUGGGAAAUUUAGAGAAGAAUUUAAAGCAGCAUUUUCUUGUUGCUUCUGUGGCAUUCAUCAUCACCAGGAUGAGCGUCUCACCAGAGGGCGUGCAAGCACAGAAAGCCGAAAAUCCUUGACCACGCAGAUUAGCAAUUUUGAUAACAUUUCAAAACUUUCAGAACACGUUGUACUGACUAAUAUAAACACAAUUCCAGCAAAUGGUGCCACGGCCAUAUACAGCCCAUUGAAGUCAGUGGAACUGCACCUGCACAUACCAGGGAUGAACAUAACUACAAGUUUAGAUGAAUCAGAGAAAGUUUCUGUGGAAGAUACUGGGACAACUGAGAAUACAGAGUGGUCCAGAUAUACCCCUGUGGCUACUAAGCUGACAUCCAUGGAGUUACAUCAAGGAUGAAUUUGGGCCCAUACAUUAA